AUGAAUGGAACAAUUUCUGCUGUCCCAGCCAGUGACGAAUACUACGACCUUGGCACAUUUGGUCACAAGAUAACUACAAGCAGCGCCGAUGCUCAGACUUGGUUUAAUCGUGGCUUGACCUGGGUCUAUUCCUUUAAUCAUGUGGAAGGUGCUUACUGCUUCGAGCAAGCCAUUUCACAUGAUCCCGCUUGUGCGAUGGCAUACUGGGGCCUCGCUUAUGCGGUUGGCCCGAACUACAACAAGCCCUGGGAGAAGUUCGACCAGGGUGACCUCCACACCUGCGUUAAACGAGGAUUCGCUGCCUCCCGAGAGGCUAAGAAACAUGCAGUAAAUGCGAAUGAUGUUGAAAAGGCCCUGAUCGAAGCCAUCCAAUUCCGGUUUCCAAGCAACGAGCCCGUCAAGGACUACCCAGCAGUCAACAAAGGCUAUGCUGCCGCUAUGAAGCCUGUGUAUGACGCCUUCGGGCGCGAUCUCAAUAUUGCAACUCUUUAUGCCGAUGCAUUGAUGAACAUGAACCCCUGGGCACUGUGGAAUCUCUUUACUGGCCAAGCAAACCCCAAAGCUCCCACCAUGGAAGUGAAAGCCGUGCUCGAGCGGGCACUUGCUCAGAAAGAGGACGGGGCGUACUACAAUCCCGGUCUGCUUCAUCUUUACAUUCACUAUAUUGAAAUGUCGCCUACCCCGGAACUAGGAAUCAAUCCGGCCGAUCAAUUGCGGGAUCUCAUCCCCGACGCAGGUCACGUCCGUCAUAUGCCCACGCACCUGGACAUCCUGAUCGGUGACUGGAGGCGAUCCAUUUCUUCAAACUACAAGUCCACUCUGGCUGAUGACAAAUUUUUUCAUAAGAAUGGUGCAAAGAAUUUCUAUACUUUCUACCGCAUGCACAACUACCACUCCUUGAUUUAUGCGGCUAUGUUUGCCGGCCAAUCUCAAACUGCCCUCGACGCAGUCACUCGCAUGGAGGCCACAUUGCCCGAGGAAGUCCUUCGGAUCGAAUCACCUCCCAUGGCGGACUGGCUAGAACAGUUUGUUCCUACUCGCUUGCAUGUAAUGGUUCGCUUUGGAAUGUGGGAGGAGCUCAAGCAAAAAGAGCUACCCAAGGACCAGGAACUUUAUGCAGGUACUACAGCAACUACGCAUUAUGCAAGAGGCUUAGCUUUUGCCGCCACUGGCGACGUGGCCACCGCCAAGAAGGAGCAGGAAUUGUUCCGCAAGGCGUAUGGACGGGUCCCUAAAUCGCGUCUCUCCUACAAUAGUACCAUUGUCGACGUGCUCAAGGUAGCCGAGGCAAUGCUGGAGGGAGAAAUCCAAUACCGCUGUGCCAACUUUGACGCCGCAUUCGCUUCUCUCCGCACUGCGAUCGAUAUUGAAGAUAAGCUGCCCUACGCGGAGCCUUGGUCGUGGAUGCAGCCCGUCCGACACGCGUAUGCCGCCUUGCUGAUGGAGCAAGGCCACCUCGAAAAAGCGGCGCAGACGUAUCGUGCGGAUCUAGGCUUCGAUAAGUCUGUUAUCCGGCCUCGUCGGCACCCUAAUAAUGUCUGGUCACUCCAAGGAUAUCACGAGAGCCUAAUUCGCUUGGGUAGAAUGGAUGAGGCGGCGGUGAUUGAGCCUUCGGUUAAGCUAGCUGUUGCCGUCGCGGAUAUCCCGAUCAAGGCGUCUUGUUUCUGUCGCUUGGACAACUCCCAUGCGCCUCAGGUUCUCACUGGAGGCUCUGCUGAGGGUAAUUGCUGCUGA